AACGGGCACACUGAACCCGUAACGAUACGCGCGGGCCGCUGCCGGCGCUCAGAGAGCGCACGCGCCCGUGACGUAGUCCCGACACCGCCCCGCGGGGCCUAGCCCACUGGCCGGGCGCAGGGGACGGGGCGGAGAUCGCGCCGAGGGCGGCGGGCGGCCGCCCCGUGGAGGCGCGCGCGCGCGUUUGCAUGGUGCCUGGUCAACAUAGAAAUGUGGAGUGUCUCGGCUGAAUCCUCUUGCAGACAAGAUCAUUAUGGUCCUGUUCUUUAGAUUGAUCUACAUGACCAGCCUAGUUGCUGUAAAAGAAGAAUCCACCAAAGGGAGUGAUUUAAGAUCCACUGCAGGUGUGUUAGCAGCACUGCUUCUGUAACAAAAGACUCACUACAUCUUGGAAGAGAAUGGCCAUUUCCCAGGGGGCAGCCUUUUUCAUGCUGGUAGUGUCCUGUGUUUGCAGCACUGUCUUCCACAGAGACCAGCAGACUUGGUUUGAGGGUGUCUUCCUGUCUUCCAUGUGCCCCAUCAAUGUCAGUGCCAGCACCUUGUAUGGAAUUAUGUUUGAUGCAGGGAGCACUGGAACUCGAAUUCAUGUUUACACCUUUGUGCAGAAAUUACCAGGACAGCUUCCGAUUCUGGAAGGGGAAAUUUUUGAUUCUGUGAAUCCAGGACUUUCUGCUUUUGUGGAUCAACCUAAGCAGGGUGCUGAGACUGUUCAAGAACUCUUAGAGGUGGCCAAAGACUCAAUCCCUCGAAGUCACUGGAAGAGAACGCCAGUGGUCCUGAGGGCAACAGCAGGACUGCGCUUACUGCCAGAAAAGGAAGCCCAGGCUCUGCUCUUUGAGGUAAAAGAGAUCUUCAAGAAGUCACCUUUCCUGGUACCAGAUGACAGUGUUAGCAUCAUGGAUGGAUCCUAUGAAGGCAUAUUAGCUUGGGUUACUGUGAAUUUUCUGACAGGUCAGCUGCAUGGCCACAGCCAGGAGACUGUGGGGACUUUGGACCUGGGGGGUGCCUCCACCCAAAUCACGUUCCUGCCGCAGUUUGAGAAAACCCUGGAACAAACCCCUAGAGGCUACCUCACUUCCUUUGAGAUGUUUAACAGCACUUAUAAGCUCUAUACACAUAGUUACUUGGGAUUUGGAUUGAAAGCUGCAAGACUGACAACUCUGGGAGCCCUGGAGACAGAAGGAGUUGAUGGACACACUUUCCGAAGUGCCUGUCUACCAAGAUGGUUGGAAGCAGAGUGGAUCUUUGGGGGUGUGAAAUACCAGUAUGGUGGCAACCAAGAAGGGGAGGUGGGCUUUGAGCCCUGCUAUGCUGAAGUGCUGAGGGUGGUCCAAGGAAAACUUCAUCAGCCAGAUGAGGUCCAGAGAAGCUCCUUCUACGCUUUCUCUUACUAUUAUGACCGAGCUGUUGACACAGACAUGAUUGAUUAUGAAAAGGGGGGUGUUUUAAAAGUUGAAGAUUUUGAAAGGAAAGCAAGGGAAGUAUGUGAUAACCUGGAAAACUUCACCUCAGGCAGUCCUUUCCUGUGCAUGGAUCUCAGUUACAUCACAGCCUUGUUGAAGGAUGGCUUUGGCUUUGCAGGCAGUACCGUCUUACAGCUCACAAAGAAAGUCAACAACAUAGAGACAGGCUGGGCCUUGGGGGCCACCUUUCACCUGCUGCAGUCUCUGGGCAUCUCCCACUGAGGCAAAGCCGUUCCUCUGAGGCCUGCAUUUGUCAACAACCUUGUUAAAGGGAGAACGAGAGAGGAGAGGACUCAGUUGUAUUCUGAGCUAGUCUGGGGACAGCCUAGACUGAAGCCCAGCAGCUGAUUUCAUCUGGAGGAAGGGGCUUUUGUAGACAGGUCUUGCCCUUGAGUCUAGAGAUUUGGAUUUAAUUAAUUUUACACCUCAAAUGUGAACUAUUUCCUAACCACUCUUCGUGCACAGCUGGUACCAGAGUCUAAAUCUUUGAGGUUCCUUGUGUGUCACAGAGAGCCAAAAGGAAUAGCUUUGGAAUUUAACCUUGCGGAACCCAGGGAUGGAACCCUGGGAACCAAAGAAGAAUCUCAUUUCAACCCUUUCAGUGCCUCAUUCCUUUGAACAUUUUAAUUUUCCUCUUACAUGUUAAACUCAGUUGACUGAUUGCAAUCCCAUGACCUAUCAACACCAGUAUUUUCUUUUCCCUGCACACUGCCCUGUCCUACCUUUAUCUCCACUCACCUACCCUAGAAAAAAAGAAAGAAAAAAAUGCCUGGUUUUACUUUCCAUGUGUAAUUCAAAGAGGAAAAGAAAAAAAAAAGCCAUAUCUGGGGAAUUCCCUGGAGGUCCAGUGGUUAGGACUACAAGCUGUCACUGCCAAGGGCAUGGGUUCGAUCCCUGGUCGGAGAACUAAGAUCCUGGAAGCCGUGCACGUGGUGUGGCCAAAAAAAAAGGUACCAUAUCUGAAGUUAUGUGAUCAGCUUUGUGUCAGCACCAAUCAGCCAGCUGAGAGCCAUUCUAAAUCUCAGAAGGAUGGAGAGCAACUCACAACUGGGCAGAAGGGAGGCCAUCCAGUUUCUAGGGACAUGUUUUGGGAGGGUGUGGCUGCCUUCUACAGACUACCUUCUUUUAAUCAACUUUUUAUCAGUAAACCCUGGGGUAAUGAACAUAUCCAACCUUAUAGGAAUGUGUGUGUGUGUGUGUGUGUAUGUGUUUUCAGUGCUAGUACCUCUUUUCUCAGGCUAAUGUGUUUAUAGUAAUUUGUCAUCCUAAACUUGUUUUCUUUGUAUUUCUAAGAAGUACAUCUAUACCCUAGCUUUUGGUCUGCGGUGAGAGGCCUGUUGGCUGUGCUUUUCAAGGAUCUAGAUUUUGGUAAUAGCCCCUUUCAGUCUGUCCUUUUAUUCUGUUUGCAGCAGUGUCCCUUUCUGCCCUGGCCCCUGAUCACUUUAGCUAGCAUCCUCUACAUCAUUUGUCUAGUUCUAGGGUUUCUGAACCCUUCUUGAUGAUACCUAACAUUUACUUGGCCAUUUUGGCCCACAUCCAUACAGUGGAUGCUCACUUUGAGUUUGAAUGUUCAGAGCUCUUGAUUUUGUGAAUUAUUUCCCCUAAAAUUCAUGAUCUUGUACUUUCCCACAUGACCACCAUUUCCUUGUCUACCCAUGUGACUGCUCUUGGACUUAAAAGAUCUUCCAGUAGUCUAGCUUCUACACCUUGGCUGUUUACCUCCAGCUUCUUUCCAGCAGAGUAUCUCCCCAGACUUGUACUUUUCACAGUAGACUCUCUUUCAGCUUUUUCACAGAAGAUGUUAAAUAUACCUGGCCCUCACACCAGUCCCUGGGGAACCUUAUUUUUAAAAGUAUUCACUGAGUCAAUAAAUAUUUAACAUCUGAUAUGUGCAAAUAACUAGGCAAAUUUCUAUACCCUCAUCCCCCCAAAUUUUAGUUUUUCAAUUCAAUGUGGAAUUUUUUCUUCUUCACAGUGAUUGGUUUUUUUUUAAGUUUUAUUAUUUUUGGCUGCGUUGGGUCUUCAUUGCUGCGCGCAGGCUCCCUCUAGUUGUGGCGAGUGGGGGCUACUCUUGGUUGCGGUGCGCGGGCUUCUCAUUGCGGUGGCUUCUCUUGUUGCGCAGCACCGGCUCUAGGCGCAUGGGCUCAGUAGUUGUGGCUCGUGGGCUCUAGAGUGCAGGCUCAGUGGUUGUGGCGCACAGGCUUAGUUGCUCCGGGGCAUGUGGGAUCUGCCCGGACCAGGGCUCGAACCUGUGUCCCCUGCAUUGGCAGGCAGACUCCUAAACACUGCGCCACCAGGGAAGCCCUUCACAGUGAUUUUUAAUUAUACUAAGGUCACCUUUAUACCUACUGUCUCUUCCUCCAAAAAUGCUAAUACAGAGUGAAAUAAUAGAAUCUUUAGAGUUGGAAACAGCCCAAAGGUAUAAUCAAUCCAAUCUUCUACCCAUUGCAGAACUCCCUUAACACUUCUAACUGGUUGUCAUUCAGCUUCUGUGUAAGCAUGUUUCCAGACAACUCAUUCCACUUCGGGAUUGCACUGAUGUUAAAAAAUCCUUCUCAGUAGUCUUAGUUCUGCUCUAAUCCCUCCUUCCACAGCCUUUCGGUCUUCUGAAGAAAACUCCCAAGUCCUUCACAUUCUUUUUAAUAUUAUCACUUGACUUCUAGACCCCUUCCCAUCUUUGUCAAGAGUAUGGUAUUAGAACCAGUCAUCAUACACGAAAUGCUGUUCUACAAGAUUAGGGGGAGGAUAUUUCCUAUUAGAAACCAAGUUGUUUUCCCAAGAGAGAAGCUGUGUUCACUAAAGACUCCUCCAGCUUGAUGGGUUCAGAGAGAAAAGAUUUCCUGGUCUUUAUCACCACAGCUUGUCUCUGAAGCUUUUCUUAUAAAGGCCACAUAUUGUUCAGCAGACUCCUUCGGUCAUCCCAAAUACUUUCAGAACUCUUGGGUAGAUGCAUUAUAACUCCAGAAAUGUAUCUACGUAUUUUCUGAUAAUCUUGAUUAGAAUAUCUGGAGAAUUAACCAGUUUAUCCAUUAUAGGAGCAAUUUGGAAUGAGACUUUUUAUUUCUUAGAAAAAACAAUUUGUAAUGUCCUUUUUGCCCCUAGUGUACCUUUUGGGCCUCUUAUUAAGAGUCCUACAAGGUCUAAUCUUGAUGGUUAGGUUUUCUUUCUGUAAAUGUGUUAUAUAUUUCAAAUACUAGGACAUGGCCUGGCACAUAGUGGAUUCUGUGUGUUUAUCAUCAUAUGAAAAACACUGUGGGUUAUGGAGGUCCGUGCAAGGUGUGCCUUAAAAUUCUUCAUGUCUUGCCUGAUUCUGUUUGCAUACUUCUAUAGAGCCCAUGUUCUUCAUACCUGGGCUACCUUUCCAUUUUUUUAUGAAAGGUGACCUUUUUCCUACAGUGACCUUUCUGGACUCUGCCAGUAGUCACACAGCUUUUUCCAGUAGCUGCCAUCUUUCAUUCUGGGCACAUUUUUUCCUGAGAUUCCAGGAAGGUUUGUGACAUUCACACUUUUUUAGUAUCUUACAAAUUUUGCGCAUUUACCUGAAAAGCUCCCCUGUGAUAACAAAUUUUCCAUUCCCUAAAAAUAUUUCCGAAGAAUAGCUUAGGUUGGGUCAAAAGCAGACUGUUAUCUUCUCCUUUCAUCUGCAAAUCAGACUUCUGGGCAAGAUGUUGUUUGUGGUACACAAAUCUAAUGGACCCAAAGCUCUCUUCGACAGGUAUCUCUGGUACUGUGAGGUAACCGCUUCUAAAGUGCACAGUGAAACCACCCACCCCGACCCAGGCUGGCACCAGCCCGCAACCAAACAUGAACAAGUCCUGCUGCUAAUCAGAUUUUUCCUUUUGACCUGGUUCCUGAGGUCUUUAAACCUGUGCAAUGAAAUUAUUUAUUGUUUUAUUACAGAAUAGACAGUGGUGUCCCACAGAGGAACCAUAAAUGAAAUAUGGUGCUGUGAUGAGGAAAUAAUAACUAGCAUUUUAAGAUUUGGUUUUCUUUUCAGAAAGUCUAAUAUACCUAUAAUAAAAGUUAAAGCAAUUUGUGUUUAUUUUGCAUUCUAGUGUUACUAAUUUUAAAACAGCAAUUCUAAUAAAAAUGCAUCGACUAUUUCUAAUUCUUAUCUUUAUCAAAAAACAAUUGUAUAAAUUUACAACCAGCAUUUUUUUUAAGUUGUAUAAAUCUUCUCUUUAGAAAGGACUGCUAACAAGUGAAAAUGAAUGAGACAGCACCUUAGCAAUUUUUUAGUAAUAAAAAGUUCUUUCAACCAAA